CCGAGCUAUGACCGCAGGGGCGCUGCUGCUGCUGCUGGGGGCGUUGGGGGUGCCACUCGCCCCGGGCGCCCGCGGCACGGAGGUGGAGGGUCGGCUCCGCGAGAAGCUUUUCUUGGGCUACGAUAGCUCGGUGCGGCCGGCGCGGGAGGUGGGGGAUAGCGUGGGGGUCAGUGUCGGCCUCAGCCUGGCGCAACUCAUCAGCCUGAACGAGAAGGAUGAGGAGAUGAGCACAAAGGUGUACUUAGACCUGGAGUGGACUGACUACAGGCUGAGCUGGGACCCUGCAGAGUACCAGGGUAUCGAUUCACUCCGUAUCACAGCUGGAUCCGUGUGGCUUCCAGACGUGGUGCUCCUGAACAACAACGACGGCAAUUUCGACGUUGCUCUGGACUUGAACGUCGUGGUGUCCUCCGAUGGCUCCGUGCGCUGGCAGCCUCCAGGCCUCUACCGUAGCAGCUGCAGCAUCCAGGUCACCUACUUCCCCUUCGACUGGCAGAACUGCACCAUGGUGUUCAGCUCCUACAGCUAUGACAGCUCAGAGGUCAGCCUGCACACCAGCUUGGGUCCUGACAGGCAGGAGCUGCAGGAAGUGCACAUUCAUGAAGGGACCUUCAUUGAGAAUGGCCAGUGGGAAAUUAUCCACAAGCCUUCCCGGCUAGUGCAGCCUCCGGUGGAUCCUAGGCGGGGCGGGGAAGGACAGCGGCAAGAAGUCACCUUCUAUCUCAUCAUCCGCAGGAAGCCUCUCUUCUACCUGGUCAACGUCAUUGCCCCUUGCAUCCUCAUCACCCUCCUGGCCAUCUUCGUCUUCUACCUGCCGCCAGAUGCAGGAGAAAAGAUGGGGCUCUCCAUCUUUGCCCUGCUCACCCUCACUGUGUUCCUGUUGCUGCUGGCAGACAAAGUUCCUGAGACCUCCCUGUCUGUCCCCAUCAUUAUCAAGUACCUCAUGUUUACCAUGAUCCUCGUCACUUUCUCCGUCAUCCUGAGCGUUGUGGUCCUCAACCUGCACCAUCGCUCACCCCACACCCACCAAAUGCCCACUUGGGUCCGCCAGAUCUUCAUCCACAAACUCCCUCUAUACCUGGGUCUGAAGAGGCCCAAACCUGAGAGAGACCUGAUGCCGGAGCCACCUCCCGUAGCCCUCAGGGAUUCUCCAGGAAGUGGCUGGGGUCGGGGAACAGAUGAAUAUUUCAUCCGGAAGCCGCUGAACGAUUUUCUCUUCCCCAAACCCAACAGGUUCCAGCCUGAAUUGUCUGCCCCGGAGCUGCGGCGACUUGUCGAUGGUCCAAACCCGGCUGUGGGCCUGCCUCCUGAGCUACGGGAGGUCGUUUCCUCGAUUAGCUACAUCGCUCGGCAGCUGCAGGAACAGGAGGACCACGACGCGCUGAAAGAAGACUGGCAAUUUGUGGCCAUGGUAGUGGAUCGCCUUUUCCUGUGGACCUUCAUCAUCUUCACUAGCGUUGGGACCCUCGUCAUCUUCCUGGACGCCUCCUAUCACUUGCCCCCUGCGGACCCUUUUCCUUGAGGACAGAGGGCCAAGAGCCAGGACCUCGCAGCUCCACCUGGAAUCCAGUCCUCCCACACCAUUGCCUUGGUGGGGAGAGCGCCCAAGUGGGAGGGGGCGGGCGGAAGCAGUGGCCCCUCCAGAAAUGCACUGUUUGUUUUCUGGUUUCUUAUAGAAGUUCCUUUGGAGAGUAACACUAGGUUGCCGGUAGAAUGGAACAAAGAUCAAGAAGUAGACUGUACGCCCUACCAGAGGGCAGGAGCUUUGUUUUGUUCACUGUAAUAUCCCCAGCGCCUAGCACAGGUCCUGACCCAUAGGAUAGCAGGUGCUUAACAUUUGUUGAGUGAUUAGGGAAUUUUUUCUUUUCUUUCUUUCUGGGAAGGAAAUGCACCAAUGAAUAGUGCCUGUGUUUGCAUGUUGGGACUAGUGGUCAUUCUCUUUGUUUUUACCUUCUUGUAACGUAUUGUUUUCGGAUAAGUGUUAUCCAUAGGAUUUUUUAAAAAAGUUAUUUCUAAAAG